AUGCCGAAGGCUGAUGGGGAUGCCACGCUCCUGAUCCAGUCCCUGAACAAGGCCUAUGCCGCCACGCCCACGAAUCUCAAGAUCAUUGACCUGUAUGUGGUUUUCGCUGUGGUGACUGCCCUUGUUCAGGUUGGUUACAUGGGAAUAGUUGGAUCACUUCCCUUCAACUCGUUCCUAUCUGGUGUCCUGUCAUGCAUAGGAACUGCAGUGCUUGCUGCGUGCCUCCGUAUUCAAGUCAACAAGGACAACAAGGAAUUCAAGGAUCUUCCUCCAGAAAGGGCCUUUGCAGAUUUCGUCCUGUGCAAUCUGGUGCUCCACCUGGUUAUUCAUUCGACCAGCGUGCUUGAGUUGUACCAAACACCGGGAAGGGAUACAAUUCCGGAUUUCAGCCAUCUAACCCAAGGAACCUUAACCUACGGCAACAGCGGAAAGGAGGUGAAGAAAAACUAA